AUGGGGGCCUUCGCCCCCGCCGCUUGCCAAUUCCAUGCCGGCGCCGGCACCACCGCCGGCGGAGCUGCGGCGGCGGCCGCCGCCACCACCACCUUCCUCUUCAUCGACUCCCUCCGCGCCUCCGUCGCCUGCAUACAAACCCGCCGCCGCUUCUCUCAUUUUCUCCGCCACUCCCAUUCCUCUUCCUCCUCCUCCCCAUCGACAGCAGAGACCCACCGGAGGGAAGAGAAGCUGCCCAGGGGGCCGCCGGAGUGGAUGGAGAAGUGGGGGAGGGGCGGCUUCCGGAGCUUCCGCAGGAGGCCCCAGGCCGCCCUGGACUACCGGGGGAGCUUCUCCAGCGACGACGAGGAGGUGGGGACGAGCCGGAGCACUGGGAGUAGCACGAUGGAGAGGAUUGUGGAGAAGCUCAAGCGAUUCGGCUACAUCGACGAGGGCCCCCCCGAGAGGAAGGACAAGCCUCCGCCGGAGAGGGGCUCAGUGGAGGACAUCUUCUACGCUGAGGACGGGAUCCUUCCCGACACCAGGGGGGGGCUGUCGUGGGACCUGACAAAGGAGAGGGAGGUCCUUUUUCCCUGGGAGAAGCGGGAGGGCAGCGGAGAAGCGGGGGACGCGCCGCCGGCUCGCCGGAAGCAGAGCAGGACCUCGCUGGCGGAGCUGACGCUGCCGGAGACGGAGCUGCGGAGGUUGAGGCACCUGGCGAUAAGGACCAAGUCGAAGAUCAAAAUUGGCGGCGCCGGGGUGACCAGAGAGAUCGUCGACAGGAUCCACGAGAAGUGGAGGGCGGAGGAGGUGGUCAGGCUGAAGUGCGAGGGCCCGCCUGCGCUUAACAUGAAGAGGAUGCAUGAAAUUCUGGAGGUGAGCUCGCCCUACCAUACCUUCUCUUCCUCCAUUUUCUGGAAGUGAUUGGGCAUCAUCAUCUGCUUUUGAUGAACAAACCUCCUGGUAAUAAUUUCCAUGGAUUAUAUUCGCUAGGAAGUGAGAACUAGAAGCCACUGCCAUACAUUGUUCUCAAGGAUGGAAGAUUUAAUGGCUUGGAUUGAAUGGCUAUUCUUCUAGGAAAGCUUGACGAGCCCAAAUAGAAGAAUAACAAGAAGAUUCCUGUUCUGGUGCUGAAAGCGUUCUGGUAGAAUUUUACCAUCGACUUUUGCUCUGAUCAGCAGUCCCUUUGGGAAGGAAAUUCUAACGCCUGAAAGUGGACAUAAUGUACAUAAUCAGUGGGAGGGAGGAACUCAGAUCUGCUCAACUGAACCUGCCAUGAUUAUACUUUUAACAUGCAAGAGUUUGUAGGAAAUUGUAUUUGUUGAUCAUUUAUUUCGGAUUUCUGAGCAAGACACAGAUUUCUAAACGUUUUUGGAAUCAUCGUACCCUAUUUUUCAUGGGUCUUUUCUCUGAUGCGUUAGACCUUCUAUGCACGCCCAUUGGUACAAUUUUUUUAAAUAAUCAUUGCCAUCUGAUUAUGCUUUUAAGGUAUUUUUAGAUCUAUAUAUGCAUGUUCAUUUCCCACUUUGAUUAGUUUGACACAUUUUCAAUCAUGUUUGACGACAAGGCUUAACCACUGGUUGUCAGAGAAAAACUGGAGGGCUGGUUAUAUGGAGGUCAGGGAGUUCUCUUUCCUUAUACAGAGGACUGGGCUAUGAACUAACGCAGACACAGAAAAAGCCAGUCCAGGAUGCCCAUGUGAGCAGGAAUGGCUACAGUGGUGAGUCCAUGGAGGUAUCCUUGGAAAAGGAUAGCAGAAGCUACGCACAACCUCUUGAUGAAAGCCUGAUUUCUUCCACUGAGAAGAAAAAGGCUAAUGAAUCAGCCAAAGAAAUAAAAUAUGAGCAUGAAGUGGACAAGUUAUUAGAUGAUCUGGGUCCGCGAUAUGAAGAUUGGCCAGGACCUGAUCCAUUACCAGUGGAUGCAGAUUUGCUUCCAGGGGUUGUUCAUGGUUAUAAGCCACCUUUUAGAGUUCUUCCUUAUGGGGUUCGACCAGCCCUUGGAAUGAAGGAAGGGACAGCUUUGAGGAGGCUUGCUAGAGUGCUUCCCCCCCAUUUUGCCCUUGGUAAGUCUUUUAUUCUUUUUAAUACGAUGUUUGAUGAUUUGAUUAUUAUACUAUACCAUUAAGAAAAUUUCAAUGGUUUCUCACUUUCAGGAAGAAGCAGGCAGCACCAAGGGUUGGCUGCUGCCAUGGCAAAGCUGUGGGAAAGAAGUUCCAUAGCAAAGAUUGCCCUAAAGAGAGGAGUGCAGCUCACCAGUAGUGAACGGAUGGCUAUUGAUAUCCAAGUAAGGCCUUUCAUCCUUAUUUCGUUUUGCCAUGGAUCUGGAAAUGAUGGGAAAAAAAGUCUUGGCAUAACUGUAACUUGUUUCUUUAAGGUUGUACGGAUCCGCCUUGCUCCGAUCAGAUUUAACUUCAGGAAGGUUGGAUUCAAGUGGAAAUUAUGUGAAAAGUGUCCCAUUGAAAAAAACCCAAAGUUAGAAGAUAUUAUAGAGUAUUCAUCAUUCAGUAAAAUAAAAAUGGUCUAGUAAGGAUAAAUUACAUCAACUAUGGCUGUGGGUAAUAUCAUGUGUGGAAGAGAAUUAGUUCUGUAGACCCUACUUUGAAAUAGGAUCAAUAAGAGGGGAAAUGACGUAAUGUGGUUCAUUUAAUUCUCAAACCUACUCACCAACCAAGCCACCCUUGGGAUUUAGUAGGUUACCUUUAAAAUAUUACAAAUAGCAUUUUUCAGUCGCUAAUUCAGGCUUUACAUGGCAAAAAAACCUUGCUGAUAAGAAAAAAAAAAGUGAAACACUUGCAGUAACCUUCAAGAGAGGGAAUGAAGAUCGCAAUGGCAUAGUGAGCUUCAAGAGGAUCCUUUUUCUGAUGAUCUUUGAACCCAUGCGAGUGGAAUAUUCUUCUUGAUUUCUCUAGUUUAAUACUCUUUCCCAAAUAAUUUGAUUCUUUUGUUGGUUGAACCUUUGGGGUUGGUGCUUCUUCAAUUGUCUUAUAGAUAUUCAUCUCUAAAACUAUUCCCAGUAGAAUCUCUAACAGUUGUUGCAAAAAAUAUGCAUUUUGAACUUAAUCGACACUUAUGGAUGCCAGGUAUCUAGACUUGAUUCUAAUGGUUAUGAGAGGUGCUGACCCCUCAAAAGUUUUGGUCCCAACACAUACUCGAGAUUCCGUAACAGUGCUAAUAGGUGUCAGCCUUUGAGGUAUAACUUUCAAAUCACUGGUUUUAGUGUGUAGGUGACGAGCCUUUGCCUAUAACUGACAAAACUUUUAAGGGUUAUCUUCUACUAAAGUUGUAGGUUUUGAGUCAUUGUCUACUACAUUUGCAGGCGUCAACCCCUUGCUUAUGAGUGACUAGACCUAAUCAGUCAUCGUCUAAUAUGUUUGUAGGUUUCGACCCUUUGCUUGUUGGUAUUGACCUCUGUGGUUUCUGUUUUUCUAGUUCAGGAUAACCUUUUUCCUAUUGGUGUCAACACUUACAUCCUUGAAUUUGAAAAUUUCACUGCUUUAUUGUAUGGGAGAUGAGACUCUUGAUCCAACCUCCUUUUCAAAGGAUAUGCUGUCUCAUAAAAAUAAUUCAGGGUGAUUUUAUGAACUGAACAGGUUCUAAUUAGAUAAGGUGGCGUCAUUAACUACUAAACAAAGAAAAAAGUAUAGGUAACCAGAGAAGGCUGGCGACAACUGAUUUAUGUCAGAUUAUGCUAUUGAAAAAUGUGUGGACAAGGAAAUACAUGAGGAUGGAGACAAAAGAUGACAUUGAAGUCUAACUUGGUCUACAUGUUGGAGGAUAAUGAAGUGAGAUUGACGGCCUGUUGUGACUGGUGACUAGCUGAUGAGGCAUUGCAGCUAUAAACAUCGAAGCAAGGGAUGGACCUUCCAAGAUACCUUGUAAAGAAUGAGGAUUUGUUGAUGCCACAAUGAAGAGUGCGUGAGAUUGGGAAGAUGGAAACGUCAUUGUAGUGAUAAACAAAAACUGGAUCAAGAAUUCACAAAACUAGGAUUAGACCGUAGGUUAUAGAAAGUGAUCGGUGAUCAGAGAUGUGCUAAUUGAGGUUUCUAGAAAUGAUUUUGAACCAUGGGUGUUGAAGAAUGAAUUAUUUGGCUUUCUUUGAUUAAUUCAAAGGUCAAAAUUUCUGCCAGCAUCUAGGCAAUCAAUACUUUUCCCCCAUGGAAAAACAUGUUAGAUGGGGCUUUGAUCCAUACAAUAUCUUACAGUUUUGAUUUUUUAUUCUGUAUUUUUGAUUCGCUGCUUCAGGGUUACAUAUCAGAUAGGAACUAAAGUUUCCUCGUUUAAAGGGAUUCAUGCUCACUUAUUCUUCAGAAGAAUGAAAACUUUACGUAAGAGAACAUGUGUAUAAUGCUCUCGUAGAAACUUCAAUAGGUGAAUAAAGAAAUAUUUUUGACUGUUAUAUGCUGAUGUUUCGUUGCAGUGACCAGUCUGGGUUGAUGUUUGAGGUAUUCCAAUCCUGGAAACUCUGUUUAGUUACUCAUCAGUAACUGCUCAAUUUGCUUCUGGGCUGUGAGUUUUCUAUAUCCAUAUGGAUCAUUCUACCAUUCCAUGAGACAUUUCCUGUCUCUUGUACAGUCAAAAUUCUUGACAACACUAGGGAUUGUUUGACUCUUUCGAUGAUGAGAUAUUUACUGGUUUUUUAUUCAUUUCAAGGAAUGUCAUUUAUUCAGUAUUAUUCUCUUCUAUUUUGAAUGUUCUGGAUUAUAGAUUUCUCUGAAUUUCCCUUCUUUUCCCUGCUUCUCAUCGAAUAAACUUGCUGCAGCAACUUCUUUUCUUUCAAAUUCUUAUCAUGCAACUGUGUGUUUAUACUUGAUAGAAUUUUUUUCAUGGAUUGUGAAAGCUGGGUACUUACACAGUUGUCUUAUGGUUAAUUGCAGAGAUUGACCGGGGGUAUCCUUCUUUCCAGGAACAAGGAUUAUAUUGUGUUUUAUAGAGGAAAGGAUUUUCUGUCCCCAGAGGUAGCUGAGGCAUUAAUGGAAAGGGAAAGACUGGCAAUGGUCUUGCAAGAGGAGGAGGAGCAAGCACGUUUGCAAGCGUCUUCUUCUGUGCUUCCAGGCAUUGAAGCAGUUGAAGAAUCUGGAAGUACUGGUACUCUUGAGGAAACGCUGGAAGCCAAUGCCAGGUGGGGAAAGAAGCUGGAUGAUGAUCACAAGAACAGGAUGAUGAGAGCUUCGGAAGUGGCAAGGCAUGCACAACUCGUCAGGAAGCUUGAGAAGAAGCUUUCCGUAGUAAGCUAAUAAAUCCUGAAUAUUCGAGUGAUUGCUGUAUAAAUAGUAAUUUCUUUUCAAAUUUCAUUUAUCGUGUUCCCUCAGGCAAUAUCAUAUUUUUCUAUUGACGCAUUGCCAAAAUUUUCUUCAACAAUAUUGACUCUUCUGUUUCUUUUGUGUCUUAUCUUCACUUUUAGUGAAAAAAAGAAGUUUUGCCUGGAUUCCUUUAAGGUCAAACAUCCCAAAAUGCUGAGUUAUUGUAGAAUGAUUCUUUUUGGCUCUUUCCUAAUCAAUUUACUUGUUGAGAUAUGUAAUGUCCAUACUGAUCAUCCUGACUACUGGUUCUGUGAUGGCUGUGAUGUCGUGCUUUCUGUUACUCCUUUAAUGGAGUUUUACCGCUCUAUAAUAACAGUCAAAGUUGAGCUAGUUUGAAUAUGCUGCGCAGAAAUUCAAUGAAAAUGGGCUUAUUUGUGGGAAUUUGAAUCUGGGCUAAAAAAUUUACGGAAAUACCCACACAUUUUUUUUAAUAUUUAUCAUAAAAGUUCUACCGAUGAGGUAUGGAAUAUUAUGCCUAUUUUAAUUUUGUUUGAAAAUUCCAUUUUUUUGGUUUUUUCCUCUCAUUUUACUAAAAGCUGGGCUGAAUUGGCCUCAAACAAAAUGCAGUAUCUUAUGAUACGUAAUAUGUGUAUAUAUCAGAACAGAAUAUCUGAAAAGAAAGACACUGGGAUUGUAUUCAUAGUGGUGUCAUGUAGCAGUAGUGUGUGAAUGGAUCUUGAAUCUAAGAGUAUUCUAUAUUCUUUAUAACAAUUUUUUUUUGUACCAUGUUAAGCCUUUUCGAUGUUGACAUUUGCAUAUGAUGAACAGGCAGAUCGCAAAUUAGUGAAAGCUGAGAGAGCUUUAGGUAAAGUGGAGGAAUUCUUGAAGCCAGUGGAACCUAGAUCAGAUCCAGAAAGCAUUACUGAUGAAGAAAGGUUCAUGUUUCGGAAACUUGGCUUAAGAAUGAAGGCUUUCUUACUCCUUGGUAACUAUCUAUGCUUAAUUCUGUGAAAUGGGAAAAUUUAGAGAAAAAAACGUAAUUAUUUAUUUCCUUGAAAGAGAAUCUAACUCCUUGAUUUUCAUUAUUAUUCUUUUGAUUUUUUAUUCUUCUCAGAUUUUAUUGAUCCAAGUAUACAAUUCACAUUAGCAUCUUUAUUUUCUUAGAAGUUCCAGGAUCUUACCUCUGGAAAAUUUCUAGGUCGACGUGGGAUCUUCGGAGGAACUGUGGAGAACAUGCACCUGCACUGGAAGUACCGGGAGCUAGUUAAAGUAAUAAUAAAGGCUAAGAACUUUGCCCAAGUAAGAAAUGUUGCUCUAUCGCUGGAGGCUGAGAGCGGCGGUGUUCUUGUUUCUGUGGACAAAAUCUCAAAAGGGUUUGCUAUAAUUGUCUAUCGGGGAAAAGAUUAUCACCGCCCGCCUUCUUUGAGGCCCAGAAACCUCUUGACAAAGAGGAAAGCUUUAGCACGGUCCAUUGAGCUUCAGAGGCGUGAGGUACGUGUUGAGUUCAAUCGAAAUUUUUAUUUUUAGUUACCAUUUCUGCACAAAUCCUCCAAAAUUUCUGCACAUGAUCGUUUUCUUCUUCUGACUUACCUCCUCUGGAUGAUAAGAGAGAAUAUUCUUGUCGCCCAUUUUGAUCUCUGAGCUGAUAAAUGUCAACGUCUCCUCUUUUCGAGCAGGCUCUUCGUCGGUAUAUAUCUGGCUUGCAGAAGAAGGUGGAGCAGCUGAAGUCUGAACUGGUAUAUUCUCCCCUCUAGCUUCCUAAAUAGGAUACAUUGCCUUCCACGAUAGUUCUCCUAGUAGUUUACCAGCCUUGUUAUUUUUAGGAUCAAAUGGAAGAUGCCAGAGAUCGAGGUGAUGAGGAUCUGUAUGUUAGACUCGAUGCUGCUUAUUUGACUGCAGAUGAAGAUUCAGAGGUGGGUCUUCAGCUGUUCCCGGUGUCGACUUUAAUCAAAAGCUAAAAACAUUUAUGGUCUUGUGGAAAACCUAACCUCUUCAAAACUCAUGUGCAAUGGCUACCCAGGAGGAGGGCGAUGAGGCUUAUCUGGAAACCUUGGAUGGGUCAAUGGAUGAUGAUGAGGAUGAUGAUGAGGAUGAUGAUGAUGCUGAAGCUGAAGGCUAUGGUGAGGACUCUGAAGAGGAGUUGGUUGAUAGCUUCGACUCAGUAUUAGAUGAUUACUCUGGUCAACUGAUUGAGGCAAGCGAUGAUGAAACAUACUCAAAAACGGUAGGAAAAGAAGAGCAUCAUCUUUGA